AUGGACUCCUCGGGCCUGCCCACCGGCGACGAUGCCGGGCCCAAAGCAGAGGCAGGGCAACGACCCGCCGCCACCGCCGAGCGGAGCAAGCUCUGGUUCGACGAGACCGUCGUCGUGCCAGACGCGUUCCGGGACCUGCUGGUGAACUACAGCCACAUCCCAGCAGCCGACGUCGACGAGCACGUCAUCCAGAUCCGCAACAAGGCCUGGGAGGUCCACCACUACCCGUGCCUGGGCCAGUUCCGCUUCCUGGAGCUGAACCUCUCGAGCCGGCCGAGCGGGGACCUCUACGCGCGCCUGCUGUCGAUAUUGAGGUCCUCGUCCUCUUCGCCCGCCUUCCUAGACGUGGGCGCCUGCCUGGGCCAGGACGUCCGCAAGCUGAUCCACGACGGGGCGCCACCCACCUCCGUGGCCACCGCCGAGCCGUCGCCUACCUUCACCCAGCUGGGCUACGAGCUCUUCCGCGACUCGCCGGCGGACGUGACUGCGGUGCAGGCGGACAUCCUCGCGCCGCUGGGCGAGGAGGGCGGCGCUUCCUCGCUGGGGCGGUUCCGUGGCCAGCUGAGGGUCGUGCAGCUGGGCAUGAUCCUGCAUUUAUUCACGUGGGAGGAGCAGCUCACCACAUUUGAGAACGCCGUCGCCCUUCUGCGCGACGAGCCCGGCGUGCUGAUCAUUGGGCAGGCUACGGGCAACCUGGAUGGGGUUGUCACGCAGACGCUCACUGUGGGCGGCGCGAACAGGGGGACAUGCAAGCACAACGUCGCGAGUUUCAAGAAGCUGAUCAAGAAUGUUGAGGCCCGGACGGGAACGCGAUGGGAUGUCAAGGCUGAGCUGGACGAGGGCUUGAGUGUCCAUGACGGGAAGAGGACCUGGGACGAUACCAAGACCAGGAGGUUGUUGUUCGAACUGGAGAGGGUGGGAUAA